AUGGACCAGCUACGUAGAGGAGCUGUAUUUUUACAUUUAUUUGGAUUAGUUUAUAUGUUUAUUGCAUUGGCUAUUGUUUGCGAUGAAUUUUUUGUGCCUUCAUUAGCUGUAAUAACUCAAAGAUUGGAUAUUUCUGAUGAUGUUGCAGGGGCAACAUUUAUGGCAGCUGGAGGGUCUGCCCCAGAAUUUUUUACUUCUGUUGUUGGGACAUUUUUAGCCAAAAAUAAUGUUGGGAUUGGGACUAUUGUUGGAAGUGCAACAUUUAAUAUUUUGUGUGUUCUUGCUUUUUGUACAAUUUUCUCUAAAAAUUGUUUACAAUUAAGUUGGUGGCCUCUUUUUAGGGAUGUUUCUUUUUAUGUUAUUGCUUUAAUUAUUUUAGUUUUUGCAUUUCUUGAUGAACAAAUUAUUUGGUGGGAAGCAGCAUUACUUUUUAUUAUUUAUUUAGCUUAUGCUUUAUUUAUGAAAUAUAAUUCUGUUGUUGAAAUUUAUAUUAAAAAUUGUUUUGGAUGUUUAACAGAAAUGGAUAAAGAAUUAACACAAAUAAAAGAAAUUGAUUGUGUUGAAAGAAUGGAAGUAUUGGAAGAGGAAGAAGAUGAAGAUAAUAAUAAUAGUUAUUUAGAGGGAAAUAAUAAACAAUUAGAAUCUACUAAAUCUGGUGGUGUUGGUGGAAUUGUUACCUCAAAAGAAGUAAAUAUUCCUGUUGAAAAAACACCAAAAUUUGAAUGGUGGAGUUGGAGACGUCCCUUACCAAUUAGCCAAUUACAUCGUUCAGACACAGUUUGUGCACACAGAACAAUUCAACAUCAUAAUAACACAAAUAAUCAAAGACGUCGACAAUCUUCAAUUCCAAAUUCUGGCGGAUAUAGACGUCAAUCUAUUCCAAUUUUACAUUCUGGGGCAAUGUUUAGAAAUGGAAUUAUUUCUUUAAUGUCUCAAACACUUGAUCCAGUAAUUGAAAAUCGUGAUCAAAAUAUAGUAGAAAAUGAAAAUAAAAAUAAAUUAGAAUCACUCAGAAUGCAAGGAGGAAAUAAUUUAGAGCAACAAUCAAUUCUUAAACGACCAAAUUCUGAUCUAAAUAGAAAUUACCCGACUACAAAUACAGCAAUUAGAAGAUCAUUAGUUGAUACAAAUGGAGAUAUAAUUAUUGGUAGUUUGAGUAGUAAUCGUUGUUCGCCUAGAGUUGAUUUUGAAGAAAUUAAAUCUGUGUUGGAAGAAGAGGCAGAUAGACCUUUAGAUAUGAGUUGGCCAGCACUUUGGCAUAAACAAAUACUUUAUGUGUUUUUAGCCCCAAUACUCUUCCCUUUAUGGUUAACAAUGGCUGAUGUUCGAAAACCUGAAAAACAAAAAUAUUUUGCAAUUACAUUUUCUUUGUCUGUUCUUUGGAUUGCUUUUUUCUCUUAUUUAAUGGUUUGGCUAGCAAAUACAAUUGGGCUUACACUUGGAAUUUCUACAGAAGUUUUAGGAUUAACAAUUCUCGCUGCUGGUACUUCUAUACCUGAUUUAAUUACUAGUGUUAUUGUUGCUCGGAAAGGACUUGGAGAUAUGGCUGUUUCAAGUUCUGUUGGUUCUAACAUUUUUGAUGUCUGUGUAGGAUUACCAAUACCUUGGCUUAUUUUCUUUCUUUGGCAAUUAGUAAUUAAUUUAAUCUACCGUAUUUAUUCUAAUUGA